CUCGAGGCCAACACACACUCACAUAAAGAGACUUCAUCCAGUGUCACUUUCACUGCUGCUGCUGCAGAGGAUCAUGAAACCCUCUGACAGUCUGAACAGGUUACGUGACUUCUGUGAACCGUCCUCGCUGUUUCUUCUAACAUGGCAGUGAAAAUGAAAAGUGAAAAGAAACCUGAAGUGAAAAACAGGCGAUAUCUACUGUUUUCACUUUCUGAGUUUAAAAUCUGUCCUUGGGCAGCUCACUUUAUCUCCUGACGCAGACACAGAGCAGAUCAUCCUGCUUUUCUUACUGCAGAAAUACAGAUAUAUGCACACAGAAAUAUAGGUAUACAGACACAGAUAUCAGCAAUGUCUGACAGUGACUCUUCCUGCAGAUUUCAUCAGAAGAUAAACAGGAAUAGCGUCAUCUGUGAAGGGUGGGAGGUAAGGAAACUAAAACAUGCUGUUUAUUUAUCUCUAUUUUUAUCUUAUUGUCAGUGUAAAAACAGUAUUAUGGUUCAAACAGCUGCCAAAUCAGAGUGGAGGUAAGAGGUCACGGGUGUGCAAAUAUUCAGGAGUGAAAUCCUGGACCUCAGAGUUUGCAAAUGUUUCUAAGAGGAUGCUUACCAUGUUUUGACUGAGUUUUUUAUGUUACUUUUUUUCUGAAACAAAACAAACUUUUUAAAGUUAGUGUAAUUAAAGUUUACAAAUUCAAAUUGGUUUAAAUUGCACUUAAGCUGAUGAUCACUUAGAUUUCCAUGAGGAGCUCACAGCGCCAGGGCCAAUAAAUCUACAGGUCCCCACAUCCCAAGAGCAUCUACUUUAUGUCCUCACGUGAGCAGAAAAAACUGUGUGUGUGUGUGUGUGUGUGUGUGUUUGUUUCAGGGCUUAGAGGAUGAAAACAGGAAGCUGAAGAGAAGAGAGAAAAACAGAGUUUCAGCCCGAAGGAGCAGAAACAGACAAACACAGAGAGCCGACCACCUGCACCAGGUGUGUGUCUGUGUGUGUGUGUCAAGACAUCAGACUGAAAUACAGCCAGUUAACUUUUUAAUUUCCACCAUCUGAAACUUCGUGUUAAAGUUAUGGGAAAGUAUUUACAGGUUUAAAGGGGUUCUGUAGUGACUAAGGAGGCAAAAACAUGAUUUAGUACACCUUGAAUUUAAAAUUAAAUACUCAGUUUUAGCAUGAAAGCCAAAGUAAGAGACCACUUUAUACUUUAGAGAAAGAAAAACAAUAAUAAGGUUUCUAAGUUUUCUCAAUCUGCUAUGACCACUUCAGUCUGCUGUCUAAUAUCAUACCAUGAUCCAAACACAAUCCAACACACAAGCUUAUUACUCCAAACCAAAUUAACCACUGCUUGUAGUUCCUCACCUAAAGCGCUUGAUAAAUCGAUAACUGUAUCCACAACUAAAUCCAUAACUGACCCUGCUGGUAGAUAAAGAGUGUCAUCUGCAUACAUAACUAGCUUUGUUUAAAAUAAGAGGAAGGUCUUCUGUGAAUAUAGAGAAAAACAGCCCAGCUUCCUUACAGUAGGGGAGAGUGGGGUAAGAUGAGCCAUUUUUCAUAUUUUGGAUCACUACAUCAAGGCAAUCACAGUUCUGUCUCUAACUAGUUUAUCUGCUUAUAUUUCAAGAUAUUGUACAUCCCUGCAAACCAACAGAAUGAGUGUAAACUGCCUUGAUAAUAUAACAUGCCAAAAAAAGUGGUCUCCUAUGGUCAACUUACCCUGUGCAUGGGGUAAGCUCAUAGAUACCACAAUUGAUGUAUAAAACAAAUUUAAAAUGAUCUUUUUUCGUCUGAACACAAUUAAAAAAAUUCACUUUCAAGAGUGAAAAAUGUUUUUUGGCAAUAAAUGUCUAACCCCUUCACACAUGUGCCUCUAACCUUCAAAGACUCCAAGAAUUGAUGCCUAAAUAUGUCCUAAUGUGUCCUAAAUAUUUGGUCAUAUGAUCAAUUUCUUUUACCAUUUCCAAGCAACAGGGGGUGGGUCAACUUACCCCACUCUCCCCUACACCACAUUGCAACUGGUUCACAUUUGAAAUGCUACCAUGAUAAAAAAAACAAAACAUACUGCUUUCUAUUACACAAAUAACUUUUAAACCAGUUUACUGUUACCUUAGUCAAAGGAAUAAGAUUAAGAACUCUUUUAUCACAUGACCAAGAAUGUGGAGGAAUUUAAAAGUGUUCAGUGUUUUGUAUGAGUUUUGUGUUCUGUGAAAAAAAAUUUCUUUGGUUUUUGGGACACUUUUAGGUUUAUGAUGUUUUUGUAAUUUAUUUUAUUUCAACGCUUUUGUUGAUUUAGUUUUUUUAUGUCCAUGAAGAAAUUUUGAUCAAAUAAAUGUGACUCUGAAUUCAAAAUCUCUUUCUUUUCUCUCUCCUUUCUGUCAGGCCUGUGAGCUGCUGGAGCAGAGGAACAGGAAGCUGAGGAGGGAGGUAACCUUUAAUUUCAUUAGUCUUUAAUCACCAUCUGCAGACUGUUUCUGCUCUCUAUCAAGGCUGAUUUUAUUCUUGAACAUUUAGAAACUCUGAUUUAAAAACUAAGACAAAAUAGUCACUGAAGGUCAAUUAAUGACAUACUGUAUUUAACAUGCAGGUGGAUUGUCUCUCUGAGGAGCAGCGAGAGCUGAGCGAUGCUCUGAAAGCUCAUGAACCUUUCUGUCCCAUCAUGCAUUGCUCCUUGGCAUCCUCCUGCAGUCUGCAGCCUGACACCAUAGAGACUCACUCUGUCUGAGGAGAGGAAUAAACUGAAUUAUCAGUGUAUAAAUUCCUGUCUCAGUGUGAAGGAGGGAAAUAAUCUGUGAACAAUCAGGAUAACCUCUCUGAAUCAACAGUUUAUGUUUACUAAAGUCACUGUGGAGUACUGCAGCCAGCCUCCAGAGGGGGUCAUUUACCAUAUAAUGGCCGAGCAAUAACUGAGCAGAUUUAAGACCUGCUGAAGUCACGGU